AUGGAAGGCAUUAAACAGACUUUCCAGCGCUGCAAAGAGCAGGGCAGAGCUGCGCUUGUUACCUAUGUUACUGCUGGCUUCCCGACGGCGGAGGAGACUCCCAGUAUCCUCAUCGCCAUGGAGAAGGGCGGAGCCGACAUCAUCGAGCUCGGGGUGCCCUUCACCGAUCCAAUUGCAGAUGGACCGACGAUCCAGACCGCGAACACCGUUGCCCUGAAUAACGGGGUCACCAUGGAGUCGACGCUGGGGAUGGUCCGCGAGGCCCGCAAGAUGGGUCUCAAGGCCCCCGUCCUGCUCAUGGGAUACUACAACCCCCUGCGAGCGUACGGCGAGGACCGCCUUUUGGUCGACUGCAAGACGGCCGGCGUCAAUGGCUUCAUCGUCGUCGACCUGCCGCCCGAGGAGGCCGUCUCCUUCAGGAAGCUCUGCACCAAGGGAGGCCUCUCCUACGUCCCCCUCAUUGCCCCGGCCACCUCGGACACGCGCAUGCGCAUCCUCUGCCAGCUGGCCGACUCCUUCAUCUAUGUGGUGUCUCGGCAGGGUGUGACGGGCGCCCUCGGCACCCUCAACGCGAACCUGCCGGCCCUACUGGCCCGCGUCAAGCAGUACAGCGGCAACAAGCCCGCCGCCGUCGGCUUCGGCGUCAGCACCCGCGACCACUUCGUGUCGGUCGCGCAGAUCGCUGACGGCGUCGUCGUCGGCAGCAUGAUCGUCACGACGCUGCAGAAGGCCGCCCCUGGCGAGGGUCCCAGCGCCGUGCGCGACUUCUGCACGUACCUCGGCGGCAGGGCCCCCGGCUCCGACGAGGAGACCACCCGGGAGGUCGGCAUCGUCGAGGCGCUGAGCGCGGCGCGGGAGCCCGAGGGCGCCGUCCACGUCGAUGGCGUCAUCACGGACGCGGACGCGGAGGCGGAAGACACGGCGCUGGUGGCGCAGCUGGCCGCGCUGCACGGCAAGAUCCCGGAGAGGUUCGGCGAGUUCGGCGGGCAGUACGUCCCGGAGUCGCUGAUGGACUGCCUGUCCGAGCUGGAGGAGGGAUUCAACCAGAUCAAGGACGACCCGGCCUUCUGGGAGGAGUACCGCUCCUACUACCCCUGGAUGGGUCGCCCGGGCCACCUGCACCUGGCAGAGCGUCUGACCGAGUAUGCCGGGGGCGCCAACAUCUGGCUCAAGAGGGAGGAUCUCAACCACACGGGAUCCCACAAGAUCAACAACGCGCUGGGCCAGCUGCUUCUCGCCCGGAGGUUGGGCAAGACGAAGAUCAUCGCCGAGACCGGUGCUGGCCAGCACGGUGUGGCGACUGCGACCGUCUGCGCCAAAUUCGGCAUGGAGUGCACCGUCUACAUGGGUGCUGAGGAUGUCCGCCGCCAGGCUCUCAACGUGUUCCGGAUGAAGCUCCUGGGCGCCAAGGUCAUCGCCGUCGAGGCCGGCAGCCGGACGCUCCGCGACGCUGUCAACGAGGCGCUCCGCUCUUGGGUCGUCAACCUUGAAGACACGCACUACAUCAUCGGGUCGGCGAUCGGGCCGCACCCGUUCCCGACUAUUGUGCGCACCUUCCAGUCGGUCAUCGGCACCGAGACCAAGGCGCAGAUGCUCGAGAAGCGCGGCAAGCUGCCGGACGCGGUGGUGGCCUGCGUGGGCGGCGGGUCCAACGCGGUGGGCAUGUUCUACCCGUUCAGCAACGACCCGAGCGUCAAGCUGCUGGGAGUCGAGGCCGGGGGCGACGGGGUCGACACGGCGCGGCACAGCGCCACGCUCGCGGCCGGAACCAAGGGCGUCCUGCACGGCGUGCGGACGUACGUGCUGCAGGACCGGCACGGGCAGAUCCAGGACACGCACUCGGUCUCGGCCGGGCUGGACUACCCGGGCGUCGGGCCGGAGCUGUCCAACUGGAAGGACAACGAGCGAGCCAAGUUCGUCGCCGCCACUGACGCGGAGGCCUUUGCCGGGUUCCGCCUCAUGAGCCAGCUGGAGGGCAUCAUCCCCGCGCUGGAGAGCGCCCACGGCAUCUAUGGCGCGCUCGAGCUGGCCAAGACCAUGAAGAAGGGCGAGGACGUGGUCAUCUGCCUGAGCGGCCGCGGCGACAAGGAUGUCCAGAGCGUCGCUGACGAGCUGCCCAACCUGGGACCCAAGAUCAACUGGGAUUUGAGGUUCUAG